AUGGCUGUGACUGCUCAUGAUGCGCCUAUGCGUCUGCAUCACCAGCAAGAGAGUGUGGCUCCUUCAGCCUAUCCAUUGGAUGCAAAGAGGCGCAAGCUUCGAGUCGCCAUCAUCACAGGUGCGCGACCGCAGAUUGCGCAGCUUGCUGUCUUGAUUCCGCGGCAACCUCAGCCCCGUGUCGUCCAGCUGACCCUCCUCCCCCCAACGUCUGUCUCCAACAGAGAACUUUUUGCCCAAAGUAGACGGUGUUACGCGUACGCUUGCGCGCCUGCUCGAGCAUCUCAAUGCGGAAGGCCACGAAGCCAUCGUAUUCGGGCCCGAGACUGGCAUGGUAAGUGAUCUCCUCCCAAGGAGCGCAAAGCGUUCAACGAUGCACUCUGGCAAUCUCCCAGAGCUUCACUUUCUGACUCUUGUUUUUGCUAUGCUGCUGCUGAAAUUUAGACAAGCUACGCUGGUCAUCCGGUCGUUGGCACUUUUGGUUUACCGCUGGUCAUCUAUCCCGGACUCAAGCUCAACUUCUUGAGACCACGUUUCAUUCGGAGGCUUCAGCAAUUCAAGCCAGACGUUAUCCACUUUGUCGAUCCAAUCUGGCUCGGCGCUCAGAUGCUGCCCGUCGUCCAGAAAUGGUUGCCGUUGGUGCCGUGCGUCUCGUCUUAUCACACCAACCUGCCCACUUAUGCCACCCUCUUUGGCAUGCCAUGGCUCGAGGCGACAAUGUGGAAGCUCACCAGGAGCUUGCAUGACCGCUGUGAAAUGGUCUUUUGCCCCUCUGAAAGCACCAGGCGCAUGCUGCAAGGCAAAGGCUUCUCCAACGUCAAGAUUUGGAGCAGAGGUGUGGACACGGAGAUCUUCAACCCUCAAGCGAGGGAUGACAAUUUGCGCGCAAGUUGGGGUUGCACACCAAAGCCAGCCAAUCUCGUGGCGCCCCUCACUCCCUCGAUCUCCAACACAGGCGACGAAGCUGCCCUCGUGCAGCUCGCUGCCAAGCUCGGAGUCAGCGUGCGUCUGCCCAUCAAGAGGCGCAGUCUUGGCGCAAGUCCGGAUGACGAAAGCUUCAUCCGCACGCCACCAACCGGUCCAAGCCUUGCCGGCAGUCCCGAGCUCUCUCCCCCGCCCUCCUACGACAGCCUCGCUGGCAUUCCAGAGCUCGAGAGCGCCAACUUUGCCUUGCCUCCGCCGGCUAUGCCAACGCCCAGUGCCAAGCCAGCAGCCACCGCUCCUCCACAACAAAACCUGCAUCCCGCUGAAAGCCGCACGGUCAUCCUUUACGUGGGUAGAAUAUCUUGGGAGAAGAAUUUGCGUCUCUUGAUCGAAGCUUUCAAGUUGCUACCGACAGCCGUUCGAAGCAAUGCCAAACUAGUUUUCGUCGGGGAUGGCCCUGCGCGCGGUGAGCUCACGCGCGUUUGCAGCAGGCUCGGACUCGACGCCAGUUUCAUGGGUCAUCAAAAGGGAAAGCGCUUGGCCGCAAUGUACGCUAGCGCUAGCGUAUUUGCUUUCCCCAGCUUCACCGAAACCUUCGGUCAAGUCGUUUUGGAAGCUCUUGCGAGCGGACUGCCAGUGGUCGGUUUGCACGCAGAGGGAACUUCUGACCUCGUCACCCACGGACGCACCGGCUUAUUGCUCGACGUGGCUGCCGCCGCAAAGUCCGCAAGCAGCAUCAGCGCCUCGUCCGCACUCGGCAACGGCAAGGAGGCAGCUUCGGGCGCCAUCAGCGCCCCCGCUUCGCCUCGAUUGGCUGCUUUGCGAGCUUCAGCAUCAUCGACUGCCAGCCGAUCCGAUGUGUCGGCAAGCACUGCCAUUGCAGACUUUGCUCAAGCAGCAUCCACCGCUGCCGCAAAGUUGCGACCCGCGUACGAGCGAAGCGGCUCUUCGUCUUCUCUCACCGGUGUUCUUUCUCGCAGCUCCAGCAGCGCUAAUGCAGUCCCUUUGGCCCCGACAUCUGGUCUUGCAAGCCCAAUCCCAUCGGUUGGCGACUUUGCCGCUGCAAUGUCCACAUCUUCCGCCGCUUUUGCCGCCUGCGCUCGCAGUUACAGCAUGCUCCUAGAGCGUCUCAUCAGGGACAGAGCGCUCAGAGCUGCGAUGGGCCAGCGUGCUCAAGUCGGGGCUUCGCGCAAGACGUGGUGGGACGCUAUGGACGCCGUCGUUCAGGGCUACGAAGAAGUGGUGGAGAAGGCUGGGAUCUACAGUCUUUCCGACGAGGAGCUCGAGGCGCUCAGGGCGCGACAGCAGCGCAACGCGCCCCUUACCGGCCCAAUUGUAAAGAUGUGCAUUGUCCUCUAUCUCGCUCUUUUUCUUUUCAUCUGGACCGCCUUCUUGGGAUAG